AGCUUGAGCGCUUGAGCUGCUUCAAGAAGAAUAAGAAUCGAGCGAGAUGUGGAAACAGAGACCAUUGAGGCAAACACUCAAACACGUUACCUGCAUUGUAUAGGUUGGUUGAUCCAAAUUCAAAUGGAUGAGAAGGUGGUGUUGGAUUUGAACCAGAUCAGGGCGGUUCGCGUCCUGGGCCGUGGAGCCAUGGCCUCGGUCUUCCUCGUCAGCGCCGCACCCGGCAGUCGCCUCCCCACGCUCUUCGCCCUCAAGGUGUUCGACAAGCAGUCCGCCGUCAAACCCCACGCUCUCCGCCGCGCCCGCUGGGAGCUAUCCCUAUUGUCCCGCCUCUCCGCCGCUCCCGGUGAUCACCACCACCCGUUUCUCCCUUCCCUCCUUGGCUCCGUCGAGACGCCAGACCUCCUCGCUUGGGCGAUCCCCUUCUGCCCCGGCGGCGACCUCCACGCCCUCCGCCGCUCCCUUUCUCCUUCCAACGAGGAGGCGUUCUCCGCGGACGCGAUCCGCUUCUACCUCUCGGAAAUCGUCACCGCUCUCGGCCACCUCCACUCCAUGCGCGUCGCCUACCGCGACCUCAAGCCAGAGAACGUCCUCCUCCGUUCAUCCGGCCAUAUUAUGCUCGCCGAUUUCGAUCUCUCCCGCCACCUCCCUGCCAGAUCGACCACCCACUCCUCCCUUCCUCCUCCACUUCCCUCCGACAACCACAGCCACGCCCCCCGGAGGAAACUCACACGCGUGUUCUCCUUCGGCGCCGCGGACGACCAGAUCAAGAAAGGGAGGUCGGCAAGAGUCUCCCCGGCGAGUCGCCGUAGGACGAGUUCCUCGUCCAUCUCGAAAUCCAGAGAAGGAUCCGGUGGUGACGACGAGCGGUCGUUCUCGUUCGUGGGGACGGAGGAGUACGUGGCGCCGGAAGUGGUGCGCGGCGAAGGGCACGGCUUCGCGGUGGACUGGUGGGCGCUUGGGAUCCUGGCGUACGAAAUGGCAUACGGACAGACGCCCUUCCGGGGGCGGAACAGGAAGGAGACGUUGCGCAACAUUCUUACGCUGCCGCCAAUGUUCCCAGGCCGGCGGCGCACCGAUCUCACUGACCUUAUCGAGCGGCUCGUGGUCAAGGACCCGGAGAGGAGACUAGGGUUUAGUGGGGGUGAGGAGGAGGUGAAGGCGCACCCUUUCUUCGAUGGGGUGAAAUGGGAGCUUUUGCCAGAGGUGGCGCGGCCUCCGUUCCUGGCGCUGGUAAUUGACGAGGAAGAGGAAGUGGAGCGGCAGAAUUGCAACGACGUCCGCGACUAUCUAAAGGAGCUCCGGCAACGAGAGCGACUGGUGCCACCGUCGAGGUCGUCGGAGUCGUUGGAGGGGUUCUGACGGUGACUGAAUGAAUUCAUCAAUAAGGUUAGGUUAAAAUGGCUUACAUCAGACCAACACCAAGACAAGGGUCAAUCUGUAAUUUUGCCAUAUUUAUGUGUAAACAGACUUGGGUUCUUUUACCGAAUGUGGAAAAAUACCUGUCUGAUAAAUAAUUGAACGUCCGUGCUACUGCAUCAUAA